CGGAGGGCGCCUUCUUGUUUAAUUCCUAUGGACAUUGCUUUCGUUUUGGAUUCUUCGAGUAACGCUGGCCAAGUUGGCUAUCAUACACAGAAAGACUUUGUGAAGCUUCUCUCUCGCAACCUUGCAAUGUCUGUUACUGGUAGUCGUGUAGGAGUCAUUUCCUACAGUGCCCAGGCCAGCGUCGAUGUUGCAUUUCGGGAGCAUUCGAACCCCGAUGAUCUUCAAGCCACCAUCGAUACUCUCCAGUUUAAGGGAGGAGCAUCCCGAAUUGACAAGGCUCUUGAUCUUGCUCUGGAGGUUCUGUCGAGUUUGAACCGUGGAGCUAGACCCGGAAUCCCAAAGGUGGCUGUUCUUUUUACGGAUCUGGUCACAGAUAUUACGGAGUACGACACUCUUAGGAAGGCAGUUGUGCCAUAUAAAACAGAAGGUGUUGAAGUGAUUGCAGUCGGUAUCGGGCCACAAGCCGACCUCCAAGAACUGCGUGUGUUGGUUGGCAGCGAGGAAUACGUUUUAGGGGCUGAAUCAUUUAAAAGACUCGGUGACUUGGCAGGAAACCUUACCUUGUUAGCAUGUAAGGCUGCAGAGCCCAAGCGAGUCAUUCACCCGAUGGACGUCGCCAUCCUCGUUGACACAUCCGAAGGCAUUAGCUCCAUCGAUUUCGAAAGGGAGAAAAACUUUGUCAAGUCCCUUGUCAGGAGUUUUACAAUAUCAUCGAGUUUAAGUCGCGUCAGCAUCAUGUCAUACAGUAAUGAAACGGACCUUACUGUCAAUUUCUCCGACCAACAAACCAAGAAAAGCCUCUUACGACGCGUCGACGCUCUUCCUUUCCUUGGAGGACGAACACAGAUUGACCAAGCUCUGGAAACAGCAGCUGCACAGCUGUUCUCCCCUAGUGGGACUGCUCGGGCUGCUGUACCAAGGACCAUUGUCAUCGUAACGACGCAGUGUUGCCAAGAUCGCAUGACAGGUUCUAGUAGACUGAAUGAAACGGUUGCUCUAUUGCGAAGAAAUGGUGUCAAGAUCCUGGUGACGGCUGUUUGUGAUGAUGUUGAUGACGAGGGGCUUGGAACGCUUGUCGAGGAUGAAGAGGAUAUAAUUACCGCUGACUCUUUUGAGGGCUUGGCGGCGGCAGCUGAGAAAGUCAGUGCAGCGGCGUCCCAAGUUGCAGCACCUGAACGAUGCACUAAAGUGGUCGACAUUGCUUUUAUAAUGGACUCCUCGGAUAGUAUAGGCAUCCAGAACUAUCAGAUACAAAAAGACUUUGUCAACGCGAUCGCGGAAAGCUUUGACAUACAGCCCACCGGAAGCCGAGCUGGAGUCGUCGUUUCCGGUAAGGAGGCAACUUUGAACAUCAAAUUUGGUGACUACCUGCACGCUGAGGACUUCCAAGAGGCCGUUGACAGACUUCCCUACACAGCAGGCAACGCUAGCAUCAACAAAGCCCUUAAAGUAGCUCUUACACAGCUACUGGUUGUUCAAGGUGGCGCGAGACCUGGGGUGGCGAAGAUCUUAGUCCUGAUAACAAGCGACACACAGAAUCAAACGGUAGAUAACGGUCUGGUUGACGCCGUCGCUCGAAAACUUCAACAACUAGGAGUGGCAGUGUUUCUUAUGGGCGUUGGUGAGAAGGUGGAUGUGAAAUUACUUCAUCCAUUGAUUACCAGCGACGAGAAUGUUUUCCUUGAGAAGUCGUUCGAAAUUUUGAUGAUGAAAACUCGACAAGUGGCAAAGAUGGCGUGCGACAGGGCAGUAUUUUCCAGAUGCAGAAACCCAGUUGAUGUCGCUUUCCUAGUAGACUCCUCGGGAAGUCUCGGCAAAGAAGGCUUUCGCGAGCAGAAGGAUUUUAUCAAAGCGCUCACUCAAACUCUUGAUAUAUCUUACUCGCAGAGCAGGGCUGGUGUUAUAACGUACAGCGAUAGAGCCUCAGUAGCGAUCACAUUUUCCGAUUACAAUCACUACGAGGAGUUUAAUAUCGCUCUCGAAGCCUUGCCGUAUCACGGAAAGACCACCCGGAUUGACAAGGCCAUUGUCAAGGCUUCUAGGGAGCUUAUGACAAGGAGAGGAGGACGAAGAGAGGACAUCCCCGGAGUCAUGGUAAUAAUGACUGACGGGAGGCAAACUCCCGAUUUGGACGUAACACCUUUAGAGGAAGCGGCUACGAGCUUGGAGAAGUUAGGCGUCACGACGUUAGUGCUUGGAAUCGGUGAACUGGCAGACGAGAAAGAACUUCGAAAAAUGACUGCUCGAGAUGGCGAUGUCUUCCUUGCACCUUCCCUCCAAAGUUUAUCUAGUUUUGUGCGACCACUCUCUACAAGCAUAUGUGAAGCUGCAGCACCACAGACAUGCGAUGUUCCUCUAGACGUUGCCUUCGCGGUGGAGUCAUCGGAUAACAUUUCACCAAGAGACUAUCAGAGAAUCAAAGAUUUCGUCAAGGAAGCAGCUACAUACCUACUGACAAACGGUGGUCAACAGCAAGUCGGUGUUAUUUUAUUCAACAGCGAGGCAACGAUACGGUUCAAGUUUGGACAAUAUUAUUCCGAGUUUGACUUCAACCGUGUUAUCGACAAUCUUCCCCUCGAGAAAGGACUAGGACAAGUCCACAAGGCUCUGCACAUCGCUUCCACCGAAUUGUUUACUGACGUGGGAGGGGCAAGACCCGGAGUCCAGAAGCUAUGUAUCGUGCUUACAAAUAAAAAACAAGCCGUUGCAGAGGACACUGAAGUACUGAAGGAUGCCGCAAGACCCCUUCAACGCGCAGGGGUCCGGGUGAUAGCCAUUGGGGUGACUUCCUCGGUGGACUGGAAGGCGUUGCGCUCCAUAACGGAGGACGCCAAAGAUGUCAUCGUGUCACACUCGUGUGACAGUUUGGUGACGAAAGUUAGUUAUCUUUUCAAGCGCGUCUGCGUCGAUGCUGCCUACAAGCAGUGUGAUGGUGUAGCAGAUGUGGUGUUCGCCGUCCACUCCUCUAGAGGCCUCACUCCUUCAAACUACAGAAAAGAAAAAGAACUCGUGAAAAGAGUGGCAGCCACUUUGAACAUUGCACCUGGAAGAAGCCGCAUCGCGUUGAUUCUUUACAGCAACUUCGCCACGGCGGCUGUCAGACUGGAUGAAGAGAAAACUCUGGCCUCGUUUGAUAAUCUUGUGGACGGUUUGCCUCAUGAGCGCGGGGUGACGCGCAUCGACAGAGCUUUGAAGCUUGCUCGGUCGAUUUUUGACUCCAAUGGUGUCACACGGCGAGGAGUGCCCAAGAUUUUUAUCUUGUUGACCGACGGAAAGCAAACCAUGGCCCAGGAUGUUCUGACCCUUGACGAAGCUGCACGACCACUGCACGAGAGAGAUGUUAAGAUAUUUGUAGUGGGAAUGGGAAGCAAUGUAGAUGUUGAAGAACUAAAAGCUGUGGCGCUUGAUAAAGAGGACUUGUUCCUAGCACCGUCUUUUGACAAUCUUGUCAGCUUAAGCGGCUCCUUGUCCAAAAAAAUGUGUCAGGUGGCUAAACCGCCAGUUUGCAGUGAACCCAUGGACGUCGCAUUCCUAGUGGAUGCUUCAGGCAGUGUUGGAGCAACCAACUUUGAAAAGCAGAAGGAGUUCAUCAAAGCAGUCGCCAGUACGUUAGGCCUCAGGAGUGGCCUAGCCCGCGCUGGGUCCCUGGUUUACAGCGACAUGGCGACAGUCCAACAAUCUUUCAAAAACUGCAACGGAACAAGUUCUGUCAUGGAAGCUGUAGAUCACAUACCUUACUACGGACGUACCACGCGUAUAGAUCGCGCUCUGUCACUCGCAAACACAGAGUUGUUUAGCAUAACUGGAGGCGUGCGAUCUUACGUGGCCAACACUCUCGUGCUUCUCACAGACGGAAGACAAACCCCGGCACCGGACUCAAUUUCUAUGGAGCGUGCAGUCAAGCCUCUGAAAGACAAAAAGGUGGCCCGGAUAGCUCUGGGGAUCGGAAACCAAAUAAGCCCCGCAGAGCUCCGCAGAGUUGUGGAUGGGCAAGACGACAUUGUCACAGUUGACAGUUUUGAUGACCUCUACUCGUCCUCGUAUGUAGUGUCGAAAAAACUAUGCGCACGCGCAGCCUUGAAGCAGUGCUCCUCUCCUUUGGACAUUGUUUUUGUUCUGGAUUCAUCAGCAAGUAUAGGUGAACUUAGCUACGGGAAAAUGAAGGACUUUGUCAAAACUGUUGCAAACUCGUUCAUCAUUGGACCAGGCAAAGCGUUUACGGCUGUGAUCCAAUACGGUACUAAUGCAACCACCGCUAUCCGAUUUACUGAUUACAUGAACAACGCGGAUUUCAAUACGGCUGUUGACGCCCUACCGUACUUACGAGGGAAAACACGUAUCGACAAAGCAUUACAGCUGGCAUCGUCUGAGCUGCUAACAGAACGCAGCGGUACCCGGGCAGGAGUCGCCAAAGUGCUGGUACUCCUAACAGAUGGACGGCAGUCAAGAGCUCCCGAGGGCGUGGAUGUUCAGAAAGCUGCGACGCCUCUAUUGUCAGCAGGAGUGCGCGUUUUUGCGGUGGGGAUUGGAACCGAAAUUGAUGAGAAUGAAUUACAACUCAUUGUUGAUAAGACAGAUGACGUCAUCUUGGUGUCAUCAUUCGAUGGACUUGCAGCAAGAGUGAGGCAGCUGUCCAUAGCCACGUGCGAAAGUUCAGAAAUCGACGCUUGUGACAACAUCAUGGACAUCGCCUUCCUGCUUGACUCCUCAGGAAGCAUAACACCAACCGAGUUCCAACAAGCGAAAGAUUUCAUCGAGCUUAUGGCAAACUCCUUCCUUAAAAACAAGGUCGGAAGUCGCGUGGGACUCAUUCAAUACAGUAUCGUCCCAACAAUUAACGCUCGAUUUUCCGACGGACUUACCAGUGAUCAAUUCCGCAGUGUCUUGGACAAAGUUGUUCACAAAGGGGGAUACACUAGGCUAGAUCGUGCUCUCUUGCUUGCGGGUGAAAAGCUGUUUUCCGAUGAAGAAGGCAUGCGAAAAGACAUCCCUAAAGUCCUGGUUGUGAUCACGGACGGAAUAAACACUGACGCGCCUGAUUUCACCCCAUUGGACACCGCGGUAGCGCCUCUGAGACGCGUUGGCGUCAGAGUGUUUAUUGUGUCCAUUGGAAGUAAGGAGGGCCAAGAGGAACUAUACCUGCUCACGCAACAACGUGAAGACUUGUAUCACGUCAGAACAUACAAUGAUUUGGCACUUCAACUGCGCAGAAUAUCAAAGGACACCUGUGAAAGUGGUGCCCUUCCGAGAUGUGAUCGUGUAAUGGAUGUCAGCUUCUUAUUGGACUCUUCAGAAAGUGUCGGCUUACAAAAUUUCCAAAACCUGCUGGACUUUGUGCGCAAACUCGCGAAGACACUGCGCAUGUCCCGAAGUGGCACCCAUGCGAGUGUCGUCAUCUUCAGUGACAUCGCCAGAGUUCAAAUCAGACUGGACGACCACGACGACAUCCGGGAGUUCAACAAGGCCCUAGAUGAUGUCCCGUAUCUGGGUAAAAAGACCCGCAUUGACAAGGCUUUGCAGGUUGCUUCGGGUGGCGUUUUCAACAGUAGGGCUGGCAUGAGAGCUGGCGUUCGAAGAGUUGUGGUCUUGUUGACCGAAGGACAUCAAACUAGAACGUUCGACGCUAUACCGCUUAGGUACGCGGUCGAACCNACAACAAUAAUUUUCAGAUUUCAAAACGUUUAA